CCGCACGCCCAGUUCCUCUUUUGGACGGCCGUGUCGCUCUAACACGCCCGGCGUUUCAGCUCGCUCUCCCCCAGGCCCAACGCUUUUUUUUCUGCCCCUUCAAAGCGGACGCUUCGCCCCGACAUCGCCGUGGAGGUGCUGCUCCUGGACUUGGUUCUGCAAACGCACCAGGCUACAUCGUCCUCUGUCGCUCAGGCCCGCUGCCUCUCCUCCAUCGCCUCGCCUGCUCCUCGGCUCAGGUUAUUUCAACUCAUCGGCCGUCCGGCAGCCUCUGCAUUGCCCGGCCGCUUCAACCUCGGUUCCGCUUCGAGAAUAUGACCACCCCAAUGUCGCGCGAGAAGCAGCAGUUGCUCCUCCAGAGGAUCAUCGCCAAUUCCGAGUCGCUGUCGUCGGCUCCGUUGGCGUACUGCAUCAGCACUCUGUGGAUCGAUGAAUGGAGAGCCCAUCUCGAAGAUCCAUCCAGCUCCGAUUUCGCCUCCUUGGACAACUCGGAUCUGCUUGGCGAUGAGCCCAACACUGUCCUGCCCAAUCUCCAAGAAGUGCAGAACUACUACGUCGUCUCGCUCAGGGACUAUGCCCGUUUGAUUGAAUGCUACAAACCCGUGAAACGCAGCCACCACGUCUCCCGAACCACCAACGGCACCGAUUACGUCUUUUCCAUAAACCCACCCAGCGCCCAAGCCUUAGCCGACGAACUGGAGCAAGCUGGAUCGCUUGACAACGACCUCGAUAGCCCUGAAUCAGCGCUGAAAGAAAGCAGGCGUGAGCGUAUCAUGCGAAUCCAGCGAGACGGCUACGACAAGAACGAAAAGCCCCAGACUGACAGCUCUUCCCAGCCCAUCUGUAUUGAUUACCCCUCAUCUACCACAUCCACCACAUCAUCUUUCCCCCCGACUACCUCGCUGCCGCCGCCGCCGCCACCUUACAGCGCGGGCAGCACGAGCAUCGCUUCAGCCGGGAGUUCGUACAAGUUUACUCCUCCUCGCGUCAAGUCGACGCAGGUGAUUGGCGCCGUUGGACUCUCCAACCUCGGCAACACCUGCUUCAUGAACUCUGCCCUGCAAUGCCUUUCCAACACGCCACUGCUCACGUCCUACUUUAUCUCUGGAAAAUGGACGGGCGAGCUGAAUCGCGAUAACCCCCUGGGUAUGAAAGGCGAGGUUGCCGACGCCUAUGCAAACCUCAUUUCUCAGCUUUGGAGUCCCGACCCCUAUCGUCCGACCAGCGUGCCCCCGCGCGACUUCAAAAGCACCAUCGGUCGCUUCAACUCCAUGUUUGUGGGUUACUCCCAGCAAGAUUCGCAAGAGCUCCUGCAGUUUCUGCUCGAUGGGUUGCACGAAGACCUGAAUCGCAUCCGAGAGAAACCCUACGUGGAAUUGCCGGAUAUGGACGGUCAGCCCGAUCAAGUCAUUGCUGACAAGAGCUGGGAAUGCUAUCGGCUUCGCAACAACUCGGAGAUUGUCGAUCUCUUCCAGGGCGAAUACAAGAGUCUCCUGCAGUGCACCGUGUGUCACAAAACUGCCACCAAAUUCGAUCCGUACAUGUUCCUCUCCCUGCCUGUGCCAGAUCGUCGUGAAGUUGUCGUCAGAGCGAUUGUACUGGCCCGCAACCCCAAGGAGCAGACGCCUUUUGGUCGUCCCCAGCGACACGUCUUUACUCUUCCGCGCGACAGCACAAUCGUGCGGCUCAAGAAGGCGGCGGCCGACUUUUACGGAUGGGGGGAUUCCGUGAACCAGAUACAAGUCGUCGAGCUCUUCGGAAACAAGAUCUGGGGCAUCUUUUUGGACACGGACCCGAUCAGCCAGCUGGUCCACAACGAUACCGUCUGUGUUGUCUGUACGGGCAGCCCUGACUACAAGCGCUUCGAACUGGAGCCCGAUGCAGACGCCGAUGGCCACAGUACCCUGCCUGUUUACUUUCACGAACUCAUGCCCAAGUAUAUGUAUGGAUCGAGUCUGGGCGACGUCUUUGGCAUUCCAAGCUUCGUUACCCUUCCAUCCAAUAUCAAAGUCCAAAUCCGCGACGAUGGUGCCUCCAAGGCUCUGGACGAAGCCAAGCACAACGAGGAGGUUACCAAGGCAGCGGGUGCGCUGAUCUACACCGAGGUCGUUGAAACCAUUGCCAUCUACUCCGCUCUUCCGCUCUUCCGUCGCAUUGGAAGUGAUAUCACCCUGGACAUGGUUUAUGAAGCCUACUCCGCCACAGACGCAGCUGAUGACACAGAAGCCGAGGACAACGACCAUCCUGUCCGUCGCGAUUGCAGUCGUACUCUGCAAGAGGGCUUUGAGCCCCUACCGAAUCUCUUUAGCCUGACCCUUUCGCAUGAAAAGCAAAACAGGUACAGUCGACCCGGCUCGCACUAUGACUCGUUCUACCGAUCGGACUACUCGAGUACACAUAGUUCUGUCAAAAUCAAGCUUUAUGAAUGCGAGAAACCAGCCCCUGUUACCCCUGCAAUCCAUGCGAACCACGCAACCCCUGUGGGCCCUGUUAGCCCAGUAAGCCCUGUUGCGGACGAUGAGUAUACACCCGCGGCAGCCGAAUCCAGCCCCAAGGAGCCGCGCACGGACGACGCCGUCGAGGACGGUGAUGCCAACAUGUCAAUCGAUCCGUCAAGUCAAGUCGAGCCCGACGAGCCCAUCGAUGCUACCACCGAUGCUGUCGCCGAGGUACCUGCGGAGACUUCCGUGCCUGAUGUCGAGAUGGGCACCGUUGGCUCCACCGAACCGCGGUUCAUCAAAGGCAUAUAUGUCCUCCCCAAGCUUCCGUCCGUGCUUGUGAUGGAGUGGCCCAAGAACCACAUCCGCAUGGUUUUCAAGGACGAGCGCCCUCGCAAAAUGGAGGGCGCCUUCAAGCCGAACGAGACGCAGGAGUACACUGAUUAUGUCGAGGAGGAGCGUGCCUACAAGAAGAAGCGCCAGCAAAGCAGCCUUACGCUUCAAGAGUGCCUCAACGAGUUCUCCAAGGAGGAGCUUCUUAGCGAAGACGAUACGUGGUACUGCCCUAACUGCAAGCAGCACCAGCAUAGCAAGAAGAAGCUCGACAUCUGGAGUGUACCUGAGGUUCUAGUUUUCCAUCUCAAGCGAUUCUCGAACUCUGCGCGCUCGACCUACCGGUCCAUGAGCGAUAAAAUCGAUGCCCACGUCGAGUUCCCAGUUCAUGGUCUGGACCUCACGAAUUACGUCAUCGGUCGUCAGCGUGAGGCCAACGGAAGUCUCUUGGAGAAGGGCCACAUUCUCUACGACCUGUAUGCGGUCUCUAAUCACUUUGGCGGCCUUGGCGGUGGACAUUAUACCGCCUAUGCGAAGAAUAUCAUCGACGGCGAGUGGUACAACUUUGACGACUCUCGAGUCUCCAGGGCCUCCGAAAGCGAGGUGGUGUCCAGCGCCGCCUAUCUGUUGUUUUAUGUGCGAAGAGAAUCCCGUAGCAAAUCGGCCAGGGAGCAUAUCAUCGAGCGUCUCAAGGACAUCGAAGCCAAGUUGGCUGAACAGCCUCCUCCGGCUGCGUCAUCAUACAGGCCAUACGAGAACAACGCCCAUAUUUCCUACCGCACCCCUGGAAUCAUUAGUCUCAAAUCUGAUCGCCUGGCAGACUCCCGCUCUGGCCAUCCGUCGCCCCUGGCGACGCUCAACAACACCCCGGCUCGUCUCUCGCCUGCCUCCAGUGUCAACGAUGUUCGUGAGCACGAUACCACCGAGGUGGGCAGCACGACCAGCAUGGUCCACCAGGUACCAACGGGUGGCGUCGGCUACGACUUUGGAUCGGGCUAUUUGAGGGCCGAAACGGACGACAAAAUGGAUACCGAUCUGGAUGCGACUUCCGAUACAAAUGCCGACGUCGAUGCAGACCACGACACACAGGCAGACUCAGAUGCAGUUGCAGACGAGCAGCUGGAACAUAUCUUCCAAGCCGAACGGGCGACGAAGGAAGCCCGCCUCUCGGAGAAGGACCGUCUAUCGGGAUUGGACCAUUUGGAUGGUGAUUCUGACCAGGAUGCUGAUGACAUUGGCCGCGAGUGUUGAAUGCCCCGAGCGAGUCCGUAUCUGCCUGUGCGAUCAAUGGCCUUGCGGCCGAUGCUCUUGGAGCAGCAGCAACGUGCUGUGCCUUGCCAUGUUGUAGACCGGUGUGUCUGGGUGCGGGUUCGUAUGUAUGCACUACUAUCCCGUAGGUGCCUCCUCCCACCCGUGGCAAGCUCAAUACAGCGACACCCGAACUGUCGGAGCCGAUGCUGGUCUGUGUCAA